AUGUCCAAAACGCCAUCCACUGUCGUGCUCAUCACAGGCGCAAACUCGGGCAUCGGCUUCGCAACAGCCCAAACCAUCGUCUCAGCCUCGCCAGACUACCACGUCAUCAUCGGCAGCCGAUCUCUCCAAAACGGCCAGAAUGCAGUCCAAGCAAUUCAGUCCUCGAAGACCACGAAAGGCUCUCUUUCUAGCAUCCAACUAGACGUCACGGAUCCUACCUCAAUUACAUCCGCCGCAAAGCAAAUCGAAUCGCAGUUCGGCCGUCUCGACAUCCUGAUCAACAAUGCGGGUGUCUUCUCACAGGCCCCAUCAACCAAAGCAGCAAUGGAGGAGACUUUCGCUGUCAACUCUAUCGGGCCUGCGCUGGUCGCCGAGGCCUUUAAUCCUCUAUUGAUAAAAUCCGCUCGUCCUUACUCGAUUUUCAUCUCGACUAUCCUGGGAUCGUUGUCUGAGGCGGCUGAUCCCUCGUCUUCGGUGCACUAUUACGAUGGCGUGGCCUAUCGGAUGAGCAAGGCUGCGCUGGAUAUGUUGGUUGUACAGCAACAUAAGCUUUUUGGACCUAAGGGGAUUAGGGUAUUCGCUGUGUGUCCGGGGUUGGUGAGGUCGAAUCUGAGAGGGAAGGAGGAGGAAGAUGUGUCUGCGGGAGGAAGGGCGGGCGAUCCGAUGGUCCCAGCGGAGAUGAUUUUAGGUAUAAUCGAGGGGAAGCGAGAUGCUGAUGUAGGGAAGUUUUUGCGUGGUGAUAGGGUGUUGAAUUGGUGA